AUGCAAGUUGCAACUGAAUUCCUUUCUCCUAGCCCCCAUAAAAGGCUUUUGACUUGUGGGGACCAUGGGUGUUCCCCAAUUGCCCCAGCAAGGGCAUUUAAGGCCUUGAUCCUCAAUGGGGACAACUUGAUCCCAAAAUUAUGCCACAAGCCUUCAAGAGAAUUGAAGUCUUAUAAGGAGAUGGAGGGGUCGGAACCAUCAAGAAGAUCAACUUUGCAGAAGGCUCUAUUUGCUUAUCUAUCCCAAUAUGGUGACAUGAGUGUUGUUGGUGCAGGAACACUCACUUACUUGAAGCAUCACGUGGAUGAGAUCAACAAAUAG